AGAAGAAGUGAAUCCUCUCUCUCUUCCGCUGCUGACUCGUCUGUUCCGCUCUCUGUCGCUUUAAACACACUCGGUAGUUUCCGGACUCGCUCGGCACAGCUCGUCAUCGACCCCUUUCACUGCGGCUCCAUCGCCGAGCGGACUGGCCCGCUGCUCUCAUCCGAGACCUCAGCGCACACUGUCGGAUCUAUUAAACCACCAGCGCCGGCUCCCCGAAAGCCUCCAGCUUCUGUACAAAUGCAAGCGAUCAAAUGUGUGGUGGUGGGCGACGGGGCUGUGGGUAAGACCUGUCUGCUGAUUAGCUACACCACCAAUGCCUUCCCCGGUGAAUACAUCCCCACUGUCUUUGACAACUACUCCGCCAAUGUGAUGGUGGAUGGGAAACCAGUGAAUCUGGGCCUUUGGGAUACUGCAGGACAGGAGGACUACGAUAGGCUCAGACCACUGUCUUACCCACAGACGGAUGUGUUCUUGAUAUGCUUCUCCCUGGUCAGUCCGGCCUCCUUUGAGAACGUCCGAGCUAAGUGGUACCCUGAGGUGAGACACCAUUGCCCAAACACACCCAUCAUUCUUGUGGGCACCAAGCUGGAUCUGCGAGAUGACAAGGACACCAUCGAGAGGCUGCGAGACAAGAAGCUCUCCCCCAUCACCUACCCGCAGGGCCUGGCCAUGGCAAGAGAGAUUGGGGCUGUGAAGUACCUGGAGUGCUCUGCGCUGACCCAGCGAGGCCUGAAGACAGUGUUUGACGAGGCCAUCCGAGCCGUGCUCUGCCCUCCGCCCGUGAAGAAGAGGGGGAAAAGGUGCACCAUGUUCUGAGGAGGAAACACUGCUGAAACACUACACUACAUCACCAUGAACAACAACCACUACUUCUCUGAGAGGAUGAGAGAAAACUAGCGAGAGUGAGUGUGCACUGCUGAGAUUGCUUUCUUUAUAUUGAUGUUUUUUCAAAGUGAUAUUGGUAACAAGGCCAAUAUUUAAUCUGAUUUUUUUACCAUUACUAAAUAGGUUCAUAGGUUCUCUGUGAAAUACAUUGACUGUCCACCUACUUUGUACUCAUAGAAACACAUCAAGUUGCCAUGAGGGCUGACAAAGGUUUCUAUUACUUGUCUUCAUACAGCAACAUCCCUUCUUUCUCAGCCAUGCUUGCUUGAAUUAAUGCAGUGUUGACUAGCUAGAAAGUGAACUGUGAAAAUGCCUUCAGGUCUGAAGUUACCCUCAGCUUCUGAUCUAAGAUCAGUAUGUUGAAACAAAAUGUCACACUGACAUCUGUCUGAAGUGACAGUAAAACCACAACUGUCUGAACUCACAAAAAAUUUCACAAAUUGAGGAUGAAAUAAUGUAGCCCUUCCAUUAGAAAAGAGAGCAAUAUGUUGGAAAUUCUACUUUAUUAGAGUCUUUGGCCAUCAUUCCUAUCAGUAAUAACAAAAUUGUAUUCACCACAUACAUUUCUGAGAUCUUAGAAAGUGGCAAAAUAUUUUAACAAACAAGUCUGACAGUGAAACAAACAGGAGCAAUGUUAUAAGUCUGUACUGGAAUAUAAUGGAAAAGGGCCCUGUGUUAAAAACUAGUAUUACUACCUGUUAUAUUUCUGUUGCUAUUAUGUCUUUUCUUAAAUACAUUUGUAUUUAAACAACUCAAACCAGUUUAAGUUGGGGAGUAAGGGGGUUCAAUAGGGGCCCACAGCUCACUUGUUGCCCUGGGGCCCAGGGCCUGCUAGCAGGUUAAUCUGGACCUGACAGUAUCAACUGAAAUAAGAGCCUUAAGGUGGCUUUAUUACCUGAGCUUGAAGCAUUUCCUGAUGAAGCAACUUUUCAAUUUAAUUUAUUGUCAUUAGAUAUUUCCAGAGCACAUGCAUGCUCUGGCAUGCAACAUGAAACUUCUGUUCCUGUACAGUUUUGUUGUGCAAUGAGGGAUUAUUAGCAACAUUUCAGGUGUGCUAACUUUAACAGUGGUUUAGAUCAUCUGGAUAAACUGUCAGAUAGACUGCUCUCAACAUCUCAACAUUUGAUUUGGUGAGUACAAUGUUCUUAGUACCAAUAACGAUGGCCGAAACAAUGAAUAUACAAACCAAGUAAUAAUCAAUUAGACAUUUCCUUUAAAUGAUUAUAGGAUUAUAUGGCAGAGACUAAACAUAGUGUUGAAAUCAGUCAACAGUGAUAACUUUGAACUCAAAUGACUCGGGUGAAAGCUACAGGAAAAGCUAGUAAGUGGAGCUUGAGUUAAAAUUAAUUUGUCAAAUUACCAGAAAUCGUUUUACUUUUAGUGUUUUCCUCCAACACGGAUAUGUUCUUUGUUGAUUUACUGUAGUCACACAUCUGAUGUUAGUCAAGUGUCUUUGGGUAACUUCAUCUAACUGUGAACAUGUGACAGAUGAGCAUGCCAAACAUGGGGGCUGUACAACCUUGCUGCCUGAGUUCUGCCUCUGAGGAUGGAGGAGCUUGCAUGGGUCUUAAAAUAUUCUGUCUUAAUUUAUCCCAUUGUUUAGAUCUUGUCUCUGUUCGUGUGUGUGUGUGUGUGUGUGUGUCACAGGUGUGUAUAUGAAUGCUGGUGUAUGUGUGUGUCUGUGUGUGUGUGUGUGUGUGUAUGUGUGUGUGUGGAUGAGCACGUGCUGGUAUCGCUGAGACAGCGUUGUUUGACAGUUUGGGGUAGUGCAUAAAAGACAGUAUUGUUUUAAGCCAAGUUUUUUAGUGUCAAGUUUUUGGUACUAUUUCAUAUUGUACUGUAGUAAUACACAAGACUUUUCAACAAUCUGUUGACAUUAAGAAAGAUAAAUGACAUCUAGUGAUGUACAGAAUAAUCCUUAGAAAAGGAAUGCGUUAUGAAUAUCUAUCUACAUGUACCUUAAUAUUUAGCUCUUAAAACUCUAAAACAACUCAAACUAAAGGGAUUAUAGUCACUCAUGUUGAAGUUAGAAGUGUUGCUAACAGUGUACAAUAAAGGGGCCAAUCUUUGUGGAGUUUGUCUGUUGUGACAAACAGUGCAGAUUGCACCUUUAUGAAAUGCAUUUCUGUAUGGUUGCAGGACUGCAGUGUGUCUGUCUCCCUCGUGUGGCGAGACGCAGCACUGCAGUCCACUCUGUCACGCUGUCUUUGGUUGGCAUAGCAAACUGUGUGGUUGAAUAAUGUCGUGUGGUCCUGCCUAGCUAAGGUGUCGAAAUGUAGCUGAGAAAUGCAGCAAAAAAUUCUAAUCUACUAUUGCAUGGAAGUUCUCUGGUUAUUUGACCCACUGUAAUUCUUAGGAGAGGUUGUAUGAUGAAAUGCAUUGGCCAUGUACGUAUGUAAUGUAAGAUGACUUGUAUACUUGUUCCAACUGUUUGUCUUAUUUUUUAUUACUUCACAUGUCUGUGUGGUGAAAUAUUUCAAUUUUUUGUAUACUAAAUACAAAUGUAUAUGUAAGCUA